GACACUGAACUUCUAGUUCCUUGUAUUACUACCACCUCACUCUGGAUAAUACAGAUCUUGGCAAACCAGUUAACAAUCUAGAACUAAGGGCAACCGAAAACUCGAUCGGUUGGACUGGCUUAUGUAAUGGUUCUAUCAAAAUAAAAUCAACGGGGGACGCCUUCAGGGAUUAGCUUCAUUCAAAAAGGAAUUACUGUCUUACGAUACCACCUACCAUUUGGUUAGCAACUCAGAAUGCUCUCCUCCGGGACUAUACUUUUUGUAGGGCAUUUCAUAAAUUGUGUUGCUUCACUGGCAUACGGGUCCGAUGUGGCGACGACCUCCGCCGCCUGUGGUGGCCACCCCACUAGCGCUUUAGAAGCGCCAGUUGAUGCCGUGAUAGUGGACACAAUCAAAUCAGGAGCCGAGGUAUUCUCUAGUUUAACGUCCGCAUUAGCAUCACUCCCAAGCGAUUCUUCGUGCCAGACAAUUUUCAUAAAAUCAGGCACUUAUGUCGAACAAGUAUCUGUUAAUCGCACUGGAAAGACCGUAAUCAUUGGAUACACUAAGGAAAGCCCUGGAAAGGGGUACUCCGGAAACCAAGCGACUAUAUCGUUCAGCCGUGGUCUCUCAGUUUCGCCUCUCCCUAAAGGUCACUCUGAUUCUGAAACUGCGGUUAUUUCAACCGCGUCCUCCGAUGUUGCUUUCUACAAUAUCAACUUCAUCAACACCGAAAACUUGAACGGUACCACUCCCAACUAUGUGACAUUAGCUGCCUCAAUAUCUGGCAGUCACAUUGGAUUCUACGGGUGUUCAUUCACUGGCUGGCAGGAUACGCUUCUCACUGCUUCUAAGGAUGGAUACCAGUACUAUGAGUCUUGCUAUAUAGACGGGGCUAUCGACUUCAUCUGGGGUUACUCUGCAGCAUACUUCAAGGGAUGUACGAUCGCUGCUAAGAGAAAAUCAUCUUGCAUCACAGCACAUAGCCGCAAGAGCGAGUCCGGAAUUGGUAUCUAUGUGUUCGACCAGUGUCUCGUAACCGCUGCCGCAGGUUACGAGUCUGCGACCAAAUCUGGAGUUUACCUUGGUCGGCCGUACUCCGAGUAUGCGAAAGUUAUCUUCAAGAACUCGUAUUUGGAUUCUAUGGUACAUCCGGUUGGAUGGAAGAUCUGGGGCACUUCUGAUCCACGGACUGAUCACAUCGUGUUCGCCGAAUUUAACAACACUGGGCCUGGGAACUGGGAGAAUAAUGCCGAUAGUCGAAAGAGUUUUGGUAAAUCGACUCUUCUGAAGUCUGAUCGCUAUACACUUUCUAGUGUUAUGGACUCGACUUCGUGGAUUGAUUCGACGUAUUGGGAUAGCAUUAACACACCAACGAGUCUUUCAACAGUGCAGACGAGAAAUUCAUCCCCUGGGAAUUUGAACAGCCUCACUGAAGUGAACUCUACGGCACCAGCUGCCGGUGAUUACAUUGUCUCAAAGUCACCUGUCAAAGGUAAGACGGUCUACUCGAGUUUCACCGAAGCAAUAGUAUCUAUUCAGAAGGUAUUGAGCAAGGAAACUGUAACCGUAUUCGCCUACCCUGGUGUCUACAAGGAACAACUCGUCUUCAACCGAUCGGGUAUCACAAUUUUCCGUGGUUACUCAGAGGAUCCAUACGACAACACUAAAAACCAAGUCAUUAUACAGAAUAGCAAAGGAGUUGACACCCAAGCCGGCCAAAGUAAUUCUGACUCCGCGACCCUGUAUUCUCGAGCAAAAAUUCUUCAAUUAUAUAAUGUCAACUUGAACAAUGUCUACGGUCAGGCGCAUGGAUAUGCGUCGCUUGGAUUUGCUAGUGGCAAUAACGGAUAUACUUCGUUCUACGGAUGUCAGAUUACCGGCAAUCAAGAUACCUUCGACCUCAAUUCCGGAACCAACGUUUUCGCGUAUAACACUUUGGUUCAGGGGUCUGUUGACUUUAUAUGGGGUGCAGGCUCAGCAUAUUUCCUCAAUUCAACAAUAGUACCCAACUUUGACGGCGGUAGAAUCGCGGCUAUGAAGAGAGCUUCCAGCACCGCCCCUGGAGGUCUCGUCUUCGAUCAAUGCACAGUCACCGCCAAGCAAGGUGUCACUACUGGCUCUGUCUAUCUAGGUCGGCCGUAUAAUAGUUAUUCUCGGGUUGCAUAUAUUCAGACCUACUUAGACGAGUCAAUAUCACCGGAAGGUUGGUCAGUAUGGGGGAAGUCUGAUCCUCGAACCGAUGCGAUUCUCUUCGGCGAGUACCAUAACCAUGGGCCAGGGGCUGGUACAAGUGCCCGUGUUGCUUUUUCGAAACAACUUUCCGAUGCGGAUGUUGAGCAGUUCCUACUUACUAAUUUUUUCUCUGCUCAAGGGACUUCAUGGAUCAAUAUGGAUUAUGUUAAAACUACCCCCUUUAUUGCUGGGAAUUAUGACGCCCGCUAAAACUCACCUCCACUGUAUUUUUGACGCUGGGGCCUUCGGUCGGGGGAUAUUAGGGGCGCAUGCACUAACUCCCACGGUCGUACCGUGCUGUAAUUACGGUGGGUUAGUGCUAAAAUGUACUAUAGUUAUAGGGCGUGACCGUCUAGUAUCAUUAUACGAAACGAUGCAAUUAAAUGUCUAAAAUAAAUGUAAAUAGCUUGAAUAUGAUUUAAACAU